AUGGAUCAAUCAAGGUUAAAGGUCAUUGAGGAAUAUCCUAUUGGAAACGGACUAGGUGCCAUCCGUACCUCGUUCAAUUCGACAGUUAAAGGCGGAAGGAUCCUGAGUACCCCUUACACACCUUGCCAGUCAAAAGAUCUUCGACGCCUGUCCCUCAAUUUUCUGGUUGCUUUGCAAAAUCUCCCUGCUGUCAGCCUCUUACCUUCCAGAAAAGGCCGUGGUACUCUCGAAACUGAUAUCCUGAAACUUCUUUCUGCUGUUACAUCUGACAACUUCGACUUUGACCGUAUCAAAGCCCUCCUCCGAGCUGCUCUUGCCGAUAAACUACAAGAUACACUGAUAUGGGACCUGGUGUCCAUUGCUGCUGCCGAAUCCACCCCGCCUCCUCGACCGAUACCUUCACUCCAAGAAACACCGUGGAGUCAGAGCACGAGCGGCAUUGUGAACUCAUCGGAAUUUCGCCAGAAUGUGGAUCCAAUCCUGAAGUUGGAGCUUGGGAGCUUAUACGUCGGGCUACCUAAUCUCUGUGAUACCUUCUUGAGUAGCGUUCCUGAAUGCACUGAAGGUGAUAGUCCACUAUUUGGCAGCGAAGGAUGGAGUGGAUGGCCCGCAGGCGCGAAGGAAAGUGACGUCCUGACUUGGUUCAGCGAACUCAUCCCGAAGCUAGAAACAUUUGCAAGCAACUACAGUGGGCGAAAGUUGCUUGCGCAGCCUAAAACGCCAUUACGGGCCUCUACAGGCAAACGCAGUAUGGGCAUUGGCUUUGUCAACCACGACAUAACUUAUACAGCGAUAGAGGAAGACGUUAGAUAUUGCUGGUCACAUAUCCUCGUACCUGGGGAGCUGAAAAGUAACCCGGAGGCUGACAAAGCAUCGAUGGCCUGGAUGGACCUUGCAACAUAUGCAAGAGAAGUGCUUGCUGUACAAGAAACUCGUCGCUUUGUCUUGGGCUUUACUCUCUGCGGGUCUCGAAUAAGGAUGUGGGAGUUUGAUCGGCUGGGUGGGAUUGCCUCCGAACAAUUUGAUAUCAACAAAAAAGAAGGCGGGCUACAAUUUGUGAGUAUGGUGCUCGGAUUCCUUUGGAUGAAUGAGGAUGGACUUGGAUUCGACCCCACAAUUAUCGUAUCUGGCAAGGAACGAUAUAUUGAGAUCGAGCGAAAUGGCCGGAUAGAGCGCCUUAUUAUUGAUGAGGUCAUGAAACAUGCACCUUGUAUCGCCGGUCGUGCAACGACGUGUUGGAAAGCCCACCGCAAGGAGGACCCUCAGGCAACCUUUGUUAUUAAAGACUCAUGGCAGUAUACCGACCGAGACGAAGAAGGUAUACUUCUUCAAGAAGCAACAGAGAAAGGCGUGGUUAAUGUUGCCCGAUAUUACCACCAUGAGACUGUUUGCGUCCAGGGUAUUGAUGACGAUAUUCAAAACAAUGUCCGAAAGGGGUUGGAUGUUACCCAGGCUACGAAUUACCGAACAGGUCGUCCCCUGUUGGCAUCAAGCACAUCGCAUCUUUCUCGCCAGGGGCGAAGUAGCAGCGCUGGCUUGAAGCGGCCGUCUAGUGAAACCAAUGCCACUCUGCCAUCAAACAAGCGAUCCCGCCAAUCAUCUCCAGCCAAGCCCAGCUUUGAAGCACAGCCAAAUCGGAUACCAAACCGGAUACACCGACGCAUAAUUCUUCGUGACUACGGAAAGCCGAUUUACAAGGCCAGCUCCCGCGAGGCUCUGCUUGCUGCACUGGAGGACUGCAUUGAAGGUCACCAUUCGCUGCACAAGGCUGGCUUCCUGCAUCGAGACAUCUCUAUCAACAAUCUCAUGAUCAAUGAGGACAAAGAUAACAGUUCUUUCACGGCGUUUUUGAUUGAUCUUGACCUUGCUGUCCGAGAGCAACGAGAAAGCGCCUCUGGUGCCAAGGGGAAGACCGGCACGAGGGCAUUCAUGGCCAUCGGGGCACUGCUAGGCAAUGAGCAGCAUUCCUUUAUGCAUGACCUCGAGUCAUUCUUCUGGGUGCUGUUCUGGAUAUGCAUUCACUACAGCAGGCCAGGAAAGCCCAUCGGAGUCACCGAGUUCGACAGUUGGAAUUAUGAAAACUAUUUUCUGAGGACGGCUGAGGAUAAUUUCACGCAAUACUAUCAGCCGUUGAUCCCAUGGGUUAACAGGUUGAGGAGGGAGGUAUUCCCGAAUGGAGAGAGGUGGAAGAAACCAGCGCCAGAUUUGUAUCACUUGAUGAAGAAUGUUCUACAGGGAGCGCAGAAAGACUCGAGGGUAAUCAACGAAUAG